AUGCGUUCAGUUCUUCUUACAUCCCCACAUAUGGGAUACGCAGACGAGGUUCCGAUGAAUACGUGGUACGCAGAAACUGCCGAGAACGUAGAGCGCUGGCUCAGGGGGCAAGAUUGUCCCCAAACGACAAAGAGAAUCGUCCGUUUUCUUGGCCCGACCAAGGAUGGUAACCCGGCUUUUCUCGACUUCAAAAAGGGCCAUGAGAACAUGAGCAUUUUCGGCCCCAGCCUAGACGCAACCGUUGAUGCAACGAAUCUCCACGAUUUCAUGCCCCCAGCAACGUUGGCAUCCGAAGGCAUCGAGUGGUACGUUCCUCGCUCUAAAAUCGACUCCAUGUUCGAGGGCUUUAUCCGAGGCUCCUACUUUGAUGAAUGUACCCAGUUGGUCAAGCCUGGAACAGGCGCAUCCCAGGCCGUAGCGUACAACUUCCGCCAUCGGCGGAUUGAGAAGAGGGCAAAUAAUUAUUUUACGUUGUCGCUACAUAGACUGAUCUUGCCACAAGUUCCAGAACACGAACCUCACAUCAACCUCUUCGACCCUUACAGCUUCUCUGCCAAGCCACUGCCCAACUUCCACGUGGACAACAACGCCGAGACGGUCGCGACGAACCUGAAGCGCGUCCUAGGCAACGAAGAGGCCGAGCGCUGGCUCUUAAAAGACUGGGGCAUCGUCAACGUGUGGCGGAAUGUCGGGGACAUGGUGAGACAGCGAGAUCGUGAGGUAGCCUGGAUAGAUUUGUUCAGAUACCAAGGCCAGGUCAGCCCACACCUCCGUACACACCAGCUAUGCGAUCCAGCGCAGCCCGAAGUCAUUCGAGUUGAGUCCAUAAUCAGGGGGGGUCAAUGCGCAAACAACACGGCUGCUCAUGUAAUAACACCAAGCAGCCCUUGGCCAGCUGCUCCUUAA